AUGGAAUCACCCCCUGCAGAAUCACCCCUUUCUUCCAAAAACCAAAAUUCUGAUCAACAUGCAGAUGCUGCAAUUCGUUAUCUUUACAUUGGUCACUUCUUAUCAAGAUGGGGUACCAGGAUGUGGGAAUUUUCUGUAGCACUCUACAUGAUCAAUCUCUGGCCUGAUUCUCUGUUCCUUGCUGCAGUUUAUGGUAUGGUGGACUCUGCCUCCAUUGCUCUGUUUGGCCCUUUAAUUGGGAGUUGGGUUGACUACUACCCUUAUCUUAUAGUUGUUAAGGUUUGGUUAUUUGCCCAAAAUCUCUCCUUUUUGAUUGCUGGAGGGGCUGUCAUUGCAUUGCUUCUGGCCCUGCAUGAUGAUGGAAAAGUUGGAGAAGGAAAAAAGAUGGCAUUUUUAUUGAUGGUUUUUGUGAUUAACGUUUCUGGUGCUGUUGGGGUGCUGUCCACUCUUGCUGGCACUAUCCUGGUUGAGAGGGAAUGGGUGGUUGUGAUAUCCCAAACUCAUAGUGAAGAAUUUCUGACAAGGAUGAAUUCAGUGAUCAGGAGGAUUGAUUUGUUUUGUAAGUUGGGAGCUCCUGUAGUCUCAGGAUUCAUCAUCAGUUUUGCUUCUUUGAUUGCUUCAGCUUUGAGUUUAGCCCUUUGGAAUGUUUUAUCUGUUUGCUUGCAGUAUUGGCUUUUCAUGUCUGUGUAUUAUGGUAUUCCAGCUUUAAGCGAAACCUGCAGCCGAAAAAGGGCUAUAAAAAAAUCAUCAACAGAAGACAUCGAAAUGAUCCCCUUGAAUCAUUCUGAAGAAGAAUGUGAUAAAGGUUAUGAGUUGAAAUGUACUAAUUUGUUGAGGAAAUUAAUGAGGAUUUCAUGUGUAAGUGCAUGGAAGGUUUACUUGAAGCAAGAUGUGGUUCUCUCAGGUGUUUCUCUUGCUUUGCUAUACUUCAAUGUUCUGAGUUUUGGAACACUAAUGACUGCUGCUUUAGAAUGGGAGAGAAUCCCAGUUUACAUCAUUGGGAUUGGGCGCGGUAUCAGUGCUAUAAUAGGCAUUCUCGCAACCUUCUUGUAUCCGAUUCUGGAAUCUCGGCUCUCUAGUUCAGUUCCUGCUGGUUUCUCGUCUGUUUGGUCUCAGUGGACCUGCCUUUUGAUAUGUGCAGCUUCUAUUUGGAUCCCGGAUAGGUUUGCUUCGGCAUGUACUCUAAUGGGAGGUGUGGCGCUAUCGAGACUUGGACUUUGGAUGUUUGAUUUGUCAGUCAUUCAGCAAAUGCAGGAUCAAGUACCUGAAUCCGAGCGCUGUGUAGUUGGAGGUGUUCAGAACUCUCUGCAGUCUAUUUUUGACCUAAUAACUUAUGUCAUGGGUAUGAUCAUAUCUGAUCCAAAGGAUUUCUGGAAGCUGAUACUCAUAUCCUUGCUGGUGGUAACUCAUGCAGCUGCAUUGUACAGUUUACAUGUCUAUCGCGAACGCGCAGGAAAAAACACUCUUUGGUUCGAUCCCACUAAGACAUGUGCAUAUCAAUUGGUUCCAGUUGCUCAACAUCAAUCAUCUUAG